AUGCCAUGCGACGCCGUUUUGAUUCUCAUCACUGUAGUUUCCGUCCUUUGCCUUUGGUUCAUCCGGAUUUACACUAAACCUAAACAUCCGCCAUUGCCGCCGGGUCCUCGAGGUCAUCUGGAUCUCGCCCAAAAGUACGGUCCCGUCUUCAAACUCCGAAGCGGCGCCAAAACCUCCGUCGUCGUCACUUCUCCGGCGGUGGCGCGUGAGAUCCUGAAGACCCAUGACGUCACUUUCGCCAACCGUGACAUCCCCGCCACGGCCAUGAUCGUCUCGUACGGGGGUCUGAACUUAGCUUGGUCUCCGUACGGACAAGAGUGGCGGAUGCUGAGGAAAGUCUGUGUUCACAGGCUGCUGAGUAACGCCACGUUGGAUUCCUUCUACGACCUCCGCCGCCGCGAGGUCCGCCAGACGGUCCGGUACUUGUCGGGUCGGGCCCAGGUCGGGUCGCCGGUCAACCUAGGAGAACAGAUAUUUCUGACGCUACUAAACGUCAUGACACAGAUGCUGUGGGGUGCGACGGUCGUGGGCGGAGAGAGGGAGAGUGUUGCAUCUGAGUUCAAGGAGUUGUUGUCGGAGAUCGUGGAUUUGGUGGGUCGACCCAAUAUUUCGGAUUUCUUUCCCGGUUUAAGCCGGUUCGAUAUUCAGGGUCUGGUUAAGCAGAUGCGUGGCCUGGUCCAACGGCUUGACCGGAUUUUUGAUCGGGUAAUUGAUCAACGGCUGAGGAUGGAUGGACAGGGUGAAAGGGACGGCGAGGAUUUCUUGCAAUUUUUGUUGAAGCUGAAGGAUGAAGAUGAAACUACGCCUUUGUCCCUCAACAAUGUGAAGGCCGUGCUUAUGGACAUGGUGAUUGGAGGUACGCAGACAUCUUCAAGCACGAUAGAAUUCGCAAUGGCCGAACUUAUAAACAGGCCGGAGUUGAUGAAGAAAGUUCAACAAGAAGUGGACGAAGUUGUGAGCAAAGGCAACAUCGUAGAAGAAUCCCACAUCGGAAAGUUCCCAUACUUACUAGCCGUAAUGAAAGAAACCCUUAGGCUUUACCCGGCAAGUCCUCUCCUUAUCCCUCACAGGCCGAGCGAAACCACCGUCGUCGCCGGCUACACCAUCCCGAAAGAUUGCAAGGUCUCCUUCAACGUGUGGGCAAUUCAUAGAGAUCCGAGUCUGUGGCAUGAUCCGUUAGAGUUCAAUCCUUCUAGAUUUCUCGACAAGUCAUACGAUUUCAAAGGAAAUGACUACGGUUAUCUACCGUUCGGGUCGGGGAGGAGAAUGUGCGCGGGCGUAGUUAUGGCCGAGAGGAUGAUCUUGUACAAUCUCGCGACGCUCCUCCAUUCGUUUGAUUGGAAGGUUCCGGACGGACAAAGGUUAGUGGUCGAAGAGAAAUUCGGACCGACGUUGUGUCUGAAGGAUCCGCUCGUGGUUCUACCUAUGCCAAGGCUGUCCGAUCCGAAGCUUUAUCUGUGAGGGUGGAGUUUUGUGUGUGGUCCGACCUCUAAAUGGAUUUUUUUUUUUUCGAAGUCUGUCAAUAACUUUGUAUGUAAUGUGAAGUGAAAUCUAUGGCUUUAGCUUGUAACGAUGUGAUUAUUUCCACGUCAGCUUUAACUAGAUUCUAUUUUGUGCAUUUAUUAGUGAUGAUAUAAUUACAAUC